ACAGUAUGAUUUAUACCUUUAUGAUACAGCCACACGAGCGUAACGGACCCCAGACCGACACAAGGUAUCACGUUAUUACCAAUGACAGAUCAUCGGUCGGUUUGGUAUCGGUUCCAUCAGUGUGACUGUAGCAUUAGUCAGGAUGAAUGCGUUAUGAAGUUUAACACGUAACCUGACGUUCUAAUGGGCACCGAAUGAAGAUGAGCAAGAGAUAGCUACGUUUCGCAAAGAAAGGUGCGGAACCAAACGACUUGGUGGUUAUAGACAGGCGAUCCUCAACCUUGGUGACUCUUCAUCGUUGCCUCUGUGACUUGAUGCCUUGUAUUUUACGUGUUUGAGCAGCAUGAAGCACGAUACGACGUUAGGUCUUCUGUGCCAUCUUGGAAUCAUCUUUGCGACAUUUCGAGUUUCCCUGGGGCAGAGUUGCACUUUCCAGUCGGGUCUGUGUGACUGGAUCAGCGUCGGGUCGGGGCCCCGGUGGAGGAGCUCCCGUGACCCCAAUACAUCCUCAUCCUCCUCGCCUGAAGAACUCAAAUCCUACGCCUACGUCACAAUAAGCCAAAACACGGACAACGACACGGCUGCAAUACUCCAAAGCCAAGAAGUGAAUGCUGCCACCACCGACACAAUUGAGAUUGGAUUUCAAUACCAGCUCUCGGAUCACAACCAAGGUGAUCUUCCAAAUACCUUAUCUGUGCGAUGGUCAAAAAAUGAAGAGGAUUUCAACGACGUAUGGCACACAAAUGGACCUACGAACUCGUGGGUGACAUCAUCAUUGGUGCUUGCACAGGGAGGCGUUUCAAGAUUUGCGGUGCAGUUUCUGGCUAAAAGUACGGUUCCGUCGCAGGAUACCUUUGUGAUGAUUCGAAACGUCGAAAUAACAAUUAUACAUGACAGCUGUGCAAGCUCACCUUGCAAUAAUGGAGGGUUAUGUUUCGGCAAUGGCCCAACUUUUACCUGCAUCUGUACCGGAGGAUACCGUGGAGAAGUAUGUCAGAUUUUACCAGGCGACACUCUUUCGAGAUUCCUUCGAGGACGCAGUUCUUAUCGCGGUAUUACCAUAGGUACCGCAGCUCACCAUGGCAAUAUCGACCACAUCACUUCUACGCCAACCAUCAAAGGCACUCCACAGUUUAUCGACACCUCAACUGAUCUUCCAACAUCAUACGAUUCAACAUCACUUAUAUCUGAACAAACGACAAAAUUCAAAGGUCAAGAAACAAGAGGGAUGAGCACGAUGUCAAGACGAUUGGCAACGAACCCUACGGCCGGUGAAUCAACAACCGAUCCUUCACCUUGCUUUAGAAGAAGCCCUGUUCCCUCUGUGACAGCGGCUACGACAUCAGUCUCGGGAGUAACGAAUGAGAUGACGAAUGCUGGAACGUCAAAUACCAUGAAUACAGGCACAGAUGUGACAUCUGGUUCGAAGUUGACGACGCAGUCGGAGACGCAGCAGUCGACAGAGCAGACACAUUCGACGUUGUCUCGUUCUACAAUAGAAUCGCUGACUUUAGUUACCUCAGGCAUUCCAGAAUUGACAACAGAUUCGCUUUCUAUGACGACUGCUACUCAUCCAAUGACGUUUCCAACGACUUUGCCAACAACUCCGCCAAACACCAUUACGACUUAUUUUGAUGACUUUUCCACAACAGCAACGGAUGUUGUCUCCGACAUCUCAUCAACCGAUACCUCUAUAGAGACGGACUUUCCAUCGUCCGAAGACUAUUCGACACUACCUGAGACAUCGACUUCGUUUAAAUCCACCGAAUCAGAUCAAACAACACAGCAAAUAGAUCCAAUCUCUUCAACUACGGAAGGGACAACCGUAGAGGUAUCAUCAAGAUCUACAACGAAGCAGUUUGUUACGCAGAGUGUUACCACAACAGAGGAGAUCGCUACAGUCACAGGGGUUGUAAGCCAAUCAACUCAUAAUAUCAUCACAAGUGUCGUAAUUGGGUUAUCAACUGAAGAAAGUACUAAUGGGCCAUACACACCUUCAGGUGCAGACCCGAUGACUUCCGAGACGAACGGCAUUGUGACCCAGAGUUCAACGACCAGACUGGGAGACGAUGGUACAAAUACUGGAUAUAUGAGCACGAUGGACACAACAAAACGCAUUAUUACAACCAUGACAACUGAAGCAGCAACUUCUAGUGUAUCAACAGGAGAAAGUAUUACUGAUCUAGAGACGUCAGUGUAUUCGAUUAGCACAGGAAUGGUAACAUCCGCUGUAACCGAAAAUUAUGACUUGGAUACAAGCCAAGCAUUGACCACAAGAACAGCGACGUUGUCGACAGAAUCGACCAAAUUCAAACCUUCGUCAACAGAUGAAUCAUCUGAAACAUCAUAUGUGUCUACAGUAGAGAUUGUAACUGAUAGAAACCUUACGGAUAUACCUACAACAGGUAUUGGUGUCGCGUCAACGUUAUCAUCAUCAUCAUCAUCAUCAACAACAACAACAUCAAUAUCUGUUUCGUCAUCGUCGCAUACAUCGAAUUCAUCGACCACCGACAUGGAGGUAUCGUCAGAUGUAUCCCGCUCCACAAUAGCAACAACGCUAAAUUCAAACUUAACACGAAGUACAGGUAAUAUCACAUCUCCAGUCACAGAUGCAUUAUCAUCUUCACAGUCGUCGUUGAAUUCGACGUCGGCGUCGGUUUCGGGAGGCGGGGAAGCGGUCAAUGUACCUCUGGCUGUAGGACUGUCAGUAACAGGCGUUGUUGGUACGGUGGCCGCGGGGGUUACAAUAUUAAUUGUUCGUCGAGCAAGGCGCGUGUCAUAUGGAUUAACAGAAUCAUAACAAUAAUAAUCUGCGCCGAAAAUCCUGCUCAUUUUCGUUUCGGCAGCGACGCAUGAGACCGUUGGGUUAUAAGCACUGUAAGCACAUUGACAUGUUUCCCCCGAAAGACGUUAUUUUGUCAUUUUGUUUAAAAAAUAGUUGUUUUUUCUAGCUGGUUAGCUACCUGUGUAUAGCACCAGACCAAACACAUAAUAGCCCCUGUUUCGAGGAUGUGGGACCAGUGGUUCGAUUCAUGGUCAAGUCAUUGACAUUGUACAUGAAAGGCCUCAAAAUUAAAACUAACCUUUCUUUCUGAAGGCGUCUUUGCAUAAAUUAUUUUUUUUGUCAAAACAUUAAACCCUUAAAUUUUUAACAGAAAGAAUAGAUAUGUCUAAAGUGCUGAAGCACUGACUAGUACUGAACUAUCUAUAUCUUUUACAUGUAUAUUUUUCUGAUGAGGAUGUUUUUUGUGUUUUUUAUUUAUUGAUUAUAAAUAUAUAUGUAUCCUAUUUAAUCUUAAUUUCAUUUAGGUUUUAUCUGCAAUCGACAAUUAUAUGUUUUCAUUGCAGUCUAAUGUUUUGACAUUUGUUUUCUCUUGUUGAAUGAUAAUCGAAUACAAUUUUGACUGAAUUUAUGUAAAACAUUAAUAUCAACAUGUGAAAUGUUUCCAGAAUUGGUGCAUAUUAAGAGCAACGAUGAAAUGUCAGAUUUUAUAAACAAGUACCUGAGUGAUACAUAUUCAUACAAUAUAAAUAUUCAAUUCAAUUCUGGUCUUAUUGUGAAAAAUGAUUACAUGACAAAAGUCCGAAGACUCGUAUUAUCAUAGUUAAAAAGUAAAAAAACAUGUGCAUGUAUUAAUAUCAUUACACAAUACAAUAAAUAAAAUGAAUAUAAUUACAAUGCUGGUCUAUUAGUAAUCGAGAUACAUUAUAAGGUCGAAUUAUGCAAUUUACCCUUCUGGUUAUUCAUAAAGAUUGCAAUUGGUUGAAGAAAGAUGAAAAUCAUAAAAUGUAUGUAUUGUUCAAGUAAUAGGACUAUUUUAAUAUACAGGAAAUAUUAUGUUGAUUUCUUACUGAGGUCUAUACAUUGAACUGGUCAUUACGUUGUAGUUAUGUUAAUUUUACUCUGCUAACUUUCGUUCUUCUGUUGCUGAUCUGGCAACCUACUGCAAAAUAACUACUAUGUUGAAAUCAAGAAUAUUUUGGCAGGUCGCACUUAGAAAAAGAGGAAGUUAGCAGAUACCUUCCUCCUUCUAUCAGAUUAUCUUUUUAGUAAUACAGAUAACCCUUUUCCUGAUGGUGAUCUGGUGAUACAGAUAGGGGAGUGUAUACCGUUUUACCGAGAAAUCAGAUAUGAGGGUUGAUUGGAUAGAUCUUGAACGACACGCAUUCUGUGUUAAUUGCCAUUGACAUGACUGAUUAUUUUAAUUGCUCUACGGUAUAUCGAAUGAUGAUAACCCUUAUAAAUCUAUUCGUUGUUAUUAUGAUUCCAAGUUGUUUUUCGAGCAUUAUUUAUUACAAUAUAUGCAUAAUUGAAAUCCUUUUCUAAUUAUAGUGAAAAUAAGCAUAAUUGUCGUGUGAAAUAUGCCAGGAUGCAUAUUUCAUGCGUUGAAUUCUGUCUCAUAUUAUAAGCUAGGGUUACGCCGGAACCGAAUCAGCUGCGAAUUCAUCCGAAUGCACGUAUUCGGGUGGUUUCGGGAGUAUUCCGCUGUUCUCCCUUCGCGAAUGCGAGAAAAUUUCGGAAGGGAUUCGGGAACAUUCGAAUCCACCGAAACCAUCCGACUCAGGCCGUAUUUGGGCAGAAUCAGUCCGAAUUUACUUGGGAGAAUUCGGGUUUGGUGUAACUUCAGCUAGAAUUGAUCAGCAUGAAGCACGAUGCAAAUGGAAGCUAUUUUUUAGUGUCCUGUAUUUGAACAAUAAUUUUAAUGCAGUUCUCCUGUCCUAUAGAAAUCUACCGUAGUAAGAGAGAAAUUUUACCCAAAGUCGAUUGGAUUUACUUAAAAAUACUUUAAAACAUGACAAGCAAAACAAAGGGACUUACUCCCGAAGGAAGAUGGCUUAUGUCACAAAAAAAUGUGUAUGCCAGACAUUUUCCACUGCAAAUCUUUUAUGGCUCUCAAAGGGGGUGGGGCGGGCCUUAUGUGCCCCUCCCCCUGAAUCUGCGCCAUUGCUCAGUUUUAACUGGAUACCAUGAUGGCCCUUCAAGAGGCCUGUCUUGGAGGGCUCUUUGAAGAAAUCGAGGUUUGUGCCAUCCAUGCCAAGGGGGGUUUUAACGUGACCAAUGAUGUUGUUUAACAGGGGUUGUAGAUGCUAUUCUUUAUUCUUCUAAUUUCCUUUUCACAUUUUCUUUUUUCAUAUUUUUGUCUUUGAAAUUCUGAAUAAUUAAACAAAAUUAUAGGUUAACCAAAUAUGGUAAGUGGGUGAAAGCUAGAAUGAUGACGGUGCCAAAAAGACCAACUCGGAACUAUUUUCAAAGCAACAUGUCAAAUUAUAUAACGCUUCCAUUGGCGGACGUUGACCUGACGUUAAACUACUUCCGGUUGUCCGGUGGUCGGAAUUACAAACUUUGAAAGUUUCCGAUUCAUCUUUUCAAUCGUAGAUUGCCGGAAAAGGAUUAUGACGAAUGAAUUAGGUGGACAAUUAAUUUGCAUCCAUACAACAAAAUGUAAUAACAACCUUGGACACCAUAUACCCGUCAAAAUAGUGCUUCUGUAAAAUUUGUAAAAACACAUUCUCUAAUUCUUGUGUUCUAUAUCAUGGAAUCCACCCCAAAAUCUUUUUAUGCUUUUAAGAAAAGAAAAAGGGACCGAAAAUUUAACAAAAAGGAAGAAGGGAGGGAAGAGAAAAGUAAAGAAGUGCUGUCUCGUCCCCCCCCCCCCCCCCCACCUGCCCCCAUCAUAAUACCCAUGUCCGAUCAUAAUACGAUGUCCCUGCGCUGAGGUGGAUUUGAUAUUUCAUACAGAUCAAUUGAUUGUCUCAAAAGUUAGUAGGAUGCCUACUUCUAAACUCUAUUUCAUUUCGUUCUGCACAUCGUUCAUGGAGACGCCUACUCGUUUUUUUUAUAGUCAAAGUACAGCUUAUAAUCAAACGGGCUAAAACUAAUUUUUCUUAAAGUCUGGAAACAAUUAAUUUUUGUUUAUGCAGUGUGAAGAAAACCAUUGCAAAUGCGAUGUUGGACACCCUCUGAAAUAUUUCAUAUUUUAUUAAUUUAUCUAUUUUGCUUCUGUAUAGGCAUACAUAGUUACCAAAUUGGUUAUACAUGUCAAUCAUCGAAGAAUAUAUUUGAUUUGAUUUUCAUUUUUCAUUUUCAUUAAAAAAUUUAAAAAGCUAUUUUUCAACUAGCUUUGUUGAUCAAAAAUACCGCAAAGAAAAUGUAUUAUACUAAAACACAUGCAAAGCUAGAAAAGGUCAUCGACAACUGUCUUCAUUCGAAGUAUGCAUUUUGUAAUACAUGUAUAUGAAUAGUGAAUACACAAUGUUAACGUGGAAUUAGUGAGUCAGUGGUGAAACUGUGGGAUCGUAGGUAAAUAUUACACGUAGUUGCUUUCGUAAACAUUAGACUUUGACAUGUGCCUCGCAGCAAAUGUGUCU